GUCCUUGAUCCGUAGUCGAAGUCGAAGUCUACGCGAAUGAUGGCUGUGUUGCUGAUGUUUAGGAAUUGUUGUAUCUUUCGGUUAAAUAUUCUGUUCGGACACUGCCGAUCUCAUCGAUGUCACCCCGUCCUGUUCAAGGAAUAUCGCAGGGUACAGUCAUCUCUUCCAACGCGAUGGCUGCUGUGCCCUCGAAGCUCGUGUCUUGCAAGCCAUCAUCUUUGUAAUGUGCUGCAACAGAACCUCCCGCGUAAUAAGCUUUUGCAGAGGAAUGUUCAGUUGAACAAAGCUCUCAAGUGUUUCCACCCUGGAGCAUCCACCCUUCUACCAGUCCAGGUUGGGAUCUCUGCUAAAAGUGUUGGUACAUGGCCCAUCCUUCGCCAAAUGCUUACCUACCUAUGGCCUUCUGAUAAACCAGAAAUACGGCGCAGAGUUGGGUUGGCUCUAGCGAUAUUAGUCAUUGCGAAGGUGAUAAACAUUGAAGUGCCCUUUAUCUUCAAAUUUGCUGUUGACUUCAUGAACGCUCACACAGGGGAAGCCCUUUCUAUGUCUGAUGCUUCAAGUGCUUUAACGUCUACAGCAGUUGCUAUAGUUAUUGGGUAUGGCCUUGCAAGAGCUGGAGCAGCAGGCUUCAAUGAACUCCGCAAUGCUGUUUUUGCGAAGGUAGCUCACCAUUCUAUCCGCGAGGUUGCUCGAAAAGUGUUUCUGCACCUGCACAACAUGGAUCUCAACUUUCAUUUAUCCAGGCAGACUGGGGCACUUUCCAAGGCUAUAGACAGAGGCACUCGGGGCAUCAAUUUUAUCCUUUCUGCAUUAGUCUUCAACAUCGUACCAACAGCAUUUGAAGUUGCCCUUGUGAGCACUGUCCUGUACUACAAAUGUGGAGGCAAGUUCGCAGCUGUUACAUUGGGCUGCAUUGGUGCCUACACUCUGUAUACCCUUGCUAUUACUCAGUGGAGGACAAAAUUUCGUAUUCAAAUGAACAGAGCUGACAGUGAGGCAGGAGCCCAAGCAAUAGACUCCCUGAUAAACUAUGAAACUGUUAAGUAUUUUAAUAAUGAGAAGUUCGAGGUGGAAACCUAUGAUAAACUUCUGGCUCAAUAUCAGGAAGCGUCUCUCAAGACAACAACCAGUCUGGCAUUACUCAACUUUGGGCAGAAUGCCAUUUUCAGUGUAUCACUUGCAUCCGUCAUGGUUCUUGCUAGCCAGAACAUUCUGAAUGGAACCAUGACUGUCGGGGAUCUAGUUAUGGUGAAUGGGCUGCUGUUCCAGCUGUCUUUGCCCCUCAACUUCCUGGGUUCCGUGUACCGUGAAGUGCGACAGUCUGUUAUUGACAUGCAGACCAUGUUUUUACUGAUGCACAUGAAGACAUCUAUAGAGAGUCUUCCUGGGUCACCACAUCUGAAUAUCUCCAUGAAAGAAGCCAGAGUUGACUUUGAAGACGUUACCUUCGGAUACAUUGACGAGCAACCUAUAUUGAAAGGUAUAUCUUUGACUAUACCGUCUGGGAAGAAGGUUGCCCUGGUUGGAGGCAGUGGAGCUGGAAAAUCUACAAUAGUACGACUGCUCUAUAGAUUCUUCAAUCCACAUAAAGGACGAAUUGUCAUCAAUGGACAGGAUAUUCGAAAUGUUGACCUGGAAAGCUUGCGGAAAUCUAUUGCAGUUGUUCCACAGGAUGCUGUAUUGCUACACAAUACAAUUGAGUACAACCUGCAAUACGGUAACUUAGCCAAGAGCAAAGAAGAAGUGUAUGCAGCAGCCAAAAUGGCAGAAUUGCAUGACGCCAUACUGGGCUGGCCAAACGGUUACAAAACACAAGUUGGAGAACGUGGUCUUAAGCUCUCUGGUGGUGAAAAGCAACGUGUUGCCAUUGCAAGAGCUAUUCUCAAAGAUAGCCCCAUCUUGGUUUUUGAUGAAGCCACAUCAUCUCUGGAUUCUAUUACUGAACAUAAAAUACUUAAAGCGUUGCAAAGAGCGUCGGCAGGAAGAACAUCCAUCUGCAUCGCCCACAGGCUGUCUACCGUUGUUGAUGCUGACUUGAUCCUUGUCCUAAAGGAUGGUAAAGUGCAUGAGCAGGGCACUCAUGAGGAGCUGUUAGCAAGGCCGUCCAGUUACUACUGUCAGCUGUGGAGCCAACAGAAUCAGCCAAAAUACCGAAUGACUGCCUAGUGUCAUUUUACGCAAGUGUGCGGAAAUAAAAAGCCUCUUGUUAUUC